AUGUAUAAUAAUCGAUAUCCAUCAAAUCAACCACAAAACACUCAAAGAAACAGUUAUCCCGCAUAUGGUCAAACCUUUCAACCAGUCCCUCAAGCACAACAGACUCCUGCUGUGCUUCAUGCUGGUCUACCGACUCAUGGUGCCGCUGCUUCACAAUUCAAUGCUUUCACUCCUAAUUAUGGUUCCAGAUUUAGUGGUGAUCUACGUGCCGCCAGUUACGGUACUCACAUAAGCCCUCAUCAGUCACAGAUACAACAACCUACACAACAGCAACAUUUAUCAUGGCAGAAUAAAAACAAUUGGAAUGCUGCUGAUCUUAGUUCAUCCGGUAGUACAAACACUCAGGCUAGUCAUGGAGGUAAUAUGUUGACGAGUAGUUUAUACGGGGCUGGUGGUGCUAGCGGAAGUAAUGCAAAUUCUGGUUUAUACGGUGCUACUCAGCAGCAACAGCAAGCGCAACAAACGCAACACCAGCAACAACGAAGGUUGCCACAACAAACUAUUCGAAUAAGUGGUGAUGAUCAUACUUACCAAAGUCAUUCUGCAAUAGCAGGUGGUCAUAAUCAACAACCUUCAAUGGCUUCUUUAUCAGCAUUUCAUACUUCUCCUACCCCUGCUCCUCAACAACCUCAUAACACCACUCAUAACAAUAGCAUACUUUCUCUUCCAACUCCAAAUUCUUCUUCAUCUGUCGCAUCUUCAUUGAUGCGUCAACAAGCUUUAUAUCCAAUGGACACUAGUAAUAAUAUUGGUUUAGGAAAUAUGUCUUCGAUCGCUGGUAUGGGUGGUUCUUUAGGUGUUAGUAGUUUUUCAAGGCAUACAAUGACUUCAAAUGAUGCUACUAAUCUGAGUCAUUUUGCUGUGGUAGAGGAUCCUGUAACUGAUCUUGAUACCGAUUCUCUUAUGGAUAAUCAGAUGGUAACAACCACAUUGGCUUCAAACACUCCAUCCACUCAAACUUCAAUAUCUCCGAACAAUCAACCAAAUUAUGUGAAUAGUGGCAUUAAUCGUUAUUCUCAAUCUCAAGCUCAACAACAGCAUCAACAAACACGGCAACCACAAACUCGUUAUUAUACUCCAAAUUCUUCGCCUAGUACUUCUAUUAAUAGUAUAACUAAUUCGGCUGCCCAUUCAACUGUUUCUCCAUCUGUAAAUGGUUCGGUCACUCCUAAACGUCAGUCGACUGAUACUAAUAUAUAUGGUACUAGUAGUAUUUCUGGAAUGGCUGCUCAACCAAGAAAUGCUACUAUAUAUAACAACAACCUUAAUAAUUAUAUGAUGAGUUAUUCAUCUCAACAAGCCACUUCUUCCAAUGUUCAACAAUCUCAGCAACAGUUUCAACAUCAACAACAAAUUCAACAGCAACAAUUACAGCAAAGUCAGAGUCAUCAAACUAGUCGGAGUCCUUAUCAAAAUUAUAAUAAUACUUCUCCUAAUAUUACUGCUCAACAACAACAACAAUCAAUACAUAAUAGGUCUUCUAUUAGUCAAAAUAAAGCUUCUCCACUAAUAACGAAACCUGCAAAUCAAAAAACCAUGGUACAACCAGGUGUACCUGCUCAACAACAUUCUCAAUCAAUGCAACAGCAACAGCAUCAUUCUCAACAGCAACAACAACCUUCAUCUUCACAAUCUUCGGAUCCUCCUCAGAUGCAACCUUCUCAAAAUAAAUCUACUCCAAAACAAAUGGUGCGUACUAACAUGAUUGCUGGUGGUAAUACUCCAUCACAACAACAACAACCAUCAAGUUUUCCUCAGACUAAUGUUGCUGCUCAGGCAAAACCUUCAAAGAAUGCUCCUGCGAAUACAAUUUCUACUCCUGUACCAAAGGCAAAUACUUUACCUACUCAAGAUGUUAAGAAUCCUGAUACAUCUUCUGGUAUUCCUUCUACAAAAGAUCAUAAACCAAAAAGACCUAUGAAUGCGUUCAUUAUAUUCUCUAGUGAACGUCGACCGGAAUUGCAAAAGAAUGAUCCUAACAUGCAAACUGCUCAAGUUAGCAAAAUUUUAGGCGAAGAAUGGCAAAACAUGGAUAGUACUCGAAAAGAUCAUUAUAAUGAAAGGGCUCGACAAUUAAAAGAGGAAUUUAAACAAUCAAAUCCUGAUUUUGUAUAUACACGUCGUGGGACUACUGCUGCUUCAAAAAAGAGGGGUUCAACUUCAUCUGCAACUCCAUCUGUUAAAUCACCUACGGAUACAAUAGCUGUCCCCCCUCAGGCUACUAAUGUUCCAAUAACUAAUGGUUCAGUUAACGGAGUAACACCACAUAAUUCGAAUAAUGUAUAUACUUCUUCUCCACAUCAACAUACACCUACGCCUUCCUCAACUCCUAUUCAACAACCAAGAAGCACUCCUGCUGCUGCAACUCCACAGGCUCAGUCCACUACACAGCAACCUCAGUUACGGACUCCUCAAACUAUUGGAACUUCUUCUACUACCACACCAGUUUUAUCUGCUAGAAGAGAUCGUAAAUUAAGGAGACCAAUGAAUGCAUUUUUAAUAUUCAAUAAAGAAAUGCGUCCAAAAGUUUUAGAAAUGAAUCCUAAUAUGAGUGUUGCUGAGAUUUCAAAAACAAUUGGAGAGAAUUGGCGUAAUAUGUCUGAGGAUGAAAGAGAAAGAUACCUUCAGAAAGCUCGUGAUUUGAAGAGUGAAUUCCAUGAGUCACAUCCUGAUUUUGUUUAUACUCGUAGAUCAAAAGCUGAACUCAUUGCUGCUGGUCAUCACAGUUAUUCCAAAAAACGUACUUUCCCUCCAAAUGAAAAUUCUGAUUCUGAAGAAGAUCCUCGUUCUUCACAUGGAAAUAAUAAUCGUGAUGGUUCACCAGCAACUUCUCCACAAAAAGAUCCUCGAGGUCGUAAGAAAAAACGAAGUCGACAUCCAACUGCACCUAAACAUCCAAUGUCUGGUUUCUUAUUCUAUGCUUUAGAAAUGAGACCUCAUGUUGCUGAACAAAAUCCUGGUAGUACGGUUGGUCCAAUUAGUAAAAUUAUUGCUGGCCAUUGGAAGAAUUUAACACCCGAAGAAAGAGCUCCUUGGGAGAAAAAAGCUUCUGAUGACAAAGCUAGAUAUGCGAGAGAAAUGGAGCAAUACCUACAAUCUCAAAAAGAUGAAGAGUAA